AUGCCCGCGGAAAAGACAGCUCGACGUGUGCUGCAGCCCGCCUGCGAUGCCUGUCACGUCCGCCGCGUCAAAUGCUCUCACGACCAGCCAUGCUCCCACUGCUCGCGGCUUGGCUUGAGCUGCACCUACAGCAAGGCUUUUUCUGCCAAGAAGAGCGCAGGCAGGAGAAUCGAGGCGCUUCGUCAGGCCGAACGCGAGGGCGGCGGUUCCUCUAACCUCCCUAAUGGCUCCAGCAACAGUCGGCCCAGCCCUUUUCCGCAGGGAUUGAGCUCCUCUUCCAGUCAGUCAUUCGACCAUCGCGACCGGCCUCCGAGGAAUAGCAGCGGACAGGGUGAUGUCAGGCCGCUCAGCAUGCCUUCUUCAUGGCAGCCAGAAUCCUCGUCUCGACCCUAUUCUCUGAAUGGAAGUGGAGGGCGGCAAGGUGUGGUAGAUCACCAUGGUGGGCCCCAACUUCCCAGUAUACAUGGCCAUCCAGGCUGGUCGUCCGGGGGAUCUGGAGGACCACCUCCGGGCGGGCAAUAUCAUCCUGCUCCUCCCCCAAAUGAGGGCGAUGGGCCCUCGUACUAUGGCAAUCGCUACCCUCGUGAGCCUUCCUCGUCCUCGUCAUCUGGUGCUGGUGCUCCCGCUCCCUCUUGGGGACCUGUCUCGAGCCGACCGCCACUCGAACACCAAAGGAGUGCGCCCGUCAAUGGGUCUCGGUAUCAGCCUCUCCAGGAUCAGCAGCAGCAGCAGCAGCACCAGCACCAGUAUCAACAAGCUCCAUCCGACUACAUGCCCCCCUCGGCGACGAUGCCGCACCACCGAGGCAUCCAAUUCGCCGACCAGCACCUUGAACACUACGCCCCUCCUGCGCCCUCGAGCACAGCCUCGACUUCCAAUCUCACCCUCGAGCACACGAUUCCGAACGAAGACAUUCUUAGAUCCAUCUUGCCACCCUUUAGCACCUCGAUGGCCGACAGUCUCUUUGACGACAAGGGCAUCUUUGACUCGCAGGCCUUCUUCUCGGAACCCAACCCACCGCUGCUCAUCGCAACGGGUGAGGGCCAGCCUUCGAUGUUGGAGCUCCUCGGGGCGUGUGCGCCUUCAGGGGAGACACCCGGCUCGGUGGCAUCUUCGGGUAUGGACAGCGCCAACGCGUUGCAUGGUCAUCAGGACGACGAGGACCAACCUCACCCGCUGUCCGAUUCGGUUCUGAUACCCACCCUGGCCCUCUUCUACGAGCGAUUAGGCGGCGUGAUGCCCGUCUUCUCGCGCACAUGGAUCUUCAGCAGGAUGGACCGCGAUGAUCAGCACAACGAUGCACAAUUUGCCGCCAUGCUCAUGGCCAUGUCGGCCUUGACCCUCAUUCAGGUCCAACCCGAGGACAAGGAGAGGCGACAGUCGAGCAGGAAAAGGCGCCAACGGGCGAUACAGCUACUCGAGGAGGCGCUCAAGAUGAGAGAGGGCCUCUUCAUGGGUCAAUUACCAACGCUAGAAGCGACUUGCACUAGCUUCUUUGUUUUCGCGGCCCUCUUUGGUCUAGGCGAGCACUCAGCUGCUUGGUACCGGCUUCGAGAGGCGGUCACGCUGGGCCAUCUUUGUAAGCUGCACGAGCCGGCGUCGUACGAGCAUCUGCCCAAGGACGAGGCCGAGCGUCGAUUGCGAGCAUACUGGCUCUUGGCCAUUACUGAGCGAGCCUUUGCCAUCCAACGUGGCAUGCCAAUUACCCUUACAGGCAAUCCGAGGGCUUCCACAGCCGGCUUGCGCGCCAAGUUGGGCAUCAAGGAGCUCAGCGACUUCCCAGAUUUGCAAUUGAGGCUGUUCGAUGUCGUCGACGAGAAGUUUGUCGAUUGCUGGAAUCGACGAUGCGCCGGCGAAGGUUGCCGCAACUUUGACCGCGAGCGGGCUUUGGCGUUGUGGGAGGCCUUCGCCGAUAGCAACAUUGCCGUCGGCAAGGACGGAGAUACAGCCGGACUUGCUAGCGCAGUGGAGGGAAGCGCAAAUGAUACGACGAGCGAGGCAGGCACGACCCAAAGCAAUCUCGGCAGCGGAUCCUUUGGGCGGUCGACGAAGAGCGCGACGAUCAGCUCGACGUCGACGAGCCUGGACAAGCUGCCUCUCCAAAGGAGUCAGGUCCAGCGCGCAGACGUGGAAGUGACAAGGCACUGGCUUCUUAAUCGCCUCUGGCUCAUCACGCUUUCUCACGGUCUGCUUUCCAUCGACGCCGUCGAGCCUCCACUGCGCAUCGACCACGCCAUCCACGUCGCUCGGUCGGCUCUCGAUGUUUGCAGCAGCCUUUCGCUGCUCGCGAUGGAGGCUCACGGCGUGGGCUUCCCCUACAAGCUCUACGACAUUGCUCAGACGCUUAUCAUGCUGUGCAAAGACGAAUCAAUCGCAGCAGCCAUAAGCGCGAGUGCAGCAAAUGGGAUGAUCAACGCUGGCAGUGGAGGCGUACCCUCGACGGUGUCACACACGAGCACCACGACAGGGCAAGGCGGAACUCAAGGGCGGAGCCAUGCACACUCGUCUUCUCAGCAGCAGCAAUCAUCGCCGGCUUUGUCGGAUCGAUCUGCAGGGGGAAGAAGUGCCGUGAUGAAUGGAGGAGCACAUGGCUCGCCCCCCAACAGCGCUGCCAGCGCCAGCGGCCAGACGCCCAAUUCGACGACUUCUUCGACGUCUUCCUCUGCCACGCUGCUGAACGCCAGCAUCUCGUCGGGCCCCCAGUCGCUGCGACACACGGUCUCGCUCAUCCUACGAGACUUUCUUGUCCUCUUUAAGAGGUUCAGGCAAGGUGACCACCCGUAUCUCGACCUCCUCGUCAAUGCAGUCAAGGAGCUGAGGAGCGAGCAGUGGGACAGUCGGCCAUUUGAUCACAUUGUCGCCGAAAUCGGGCUGAGCGAGAAAAACGGUCCUCCUCAGCCACCAUCAUCAGCGGGCGGUACCAAGAGCAGCGGACAGGAGCAGCAGCAGCAAACGACACCCAUCAGGGAAGGCUUCCAACAAAGCAAUCGAGCUCAAUAUUGA